UUGUUCUCACUCUUUUUUUUGUUCUCUAUUAUAGUUUCAAAUAGAAAAUCGAAUAAAACCUACUAAUUCGAUCGAUGUUCCUUAUUUCCACCAACCAAGGAAGAUAGGACCCAAACAAAACCCACAAGGCUAGAAACCAUGCGAAAUCUCCAAUUCCUUCGUCUUCAGUUUUUUUCUCGUACACUAUUUACGGUUGGUUUAGUCACUCUUCUGAUGAUCGAUGCGUUUGCAUUACAAGACAACGAUCAAGCAGACACAACAAAAGAGAUUACUACCACUAUGACGAUGAGCAACGCCAUUACACACGGUAAGGAAAUACAACAAGAGCUUGAAGAUGGAUCAAGACAUGGUGAUCUUAGCUACGCUGCCAGCAAAAGAAAAGUGCCUCGUGGAUCCGAUCCUAUACACAACAGGAAAGCCGGAAAAUCAAGACGGCCACCAGGAAGGGCAUAAGUGAGUACCGUGAAAGAGAAGUGUUUGUUGGCAAAUAGGUCUUGUAAAAUACUGCUAGAUUCUCUUUUCCUUUCAUUUGGGAUCGAAUCUUUUAAAUAUGCUCAAAUAUUUGUGGACCUACACUUCUGUUUUUCUUUGAAUGUUGUCUUUUUUUUUUGGUACCUAGCGAAGAAAUACUGAGUUAGC